AUGCACAUUUCUUGCCGACAGACAUCGAUUUUAUCCCCUUCGACUUGGAAGGUGGUCAUAAGCAACGACGGCCAAGACAGAGUGAUCAAUUUACAAGAUCCCUUCAACCCAGAAUCGGAAGAACUGGUCCAGUGGUAUCUUGAAGAUUAUGCCGCUUCUCCUUAUAACAAUUACCGUGCCAGUGCAGCGGUUUCGGAACUCCAAAAAUAUAAAGAAUCGCUGUGGCAACAGCUUCUAAUCAACACGGCGGAGUCUUCAACAGCUCUGAACAGUUCUAGUGUCAUUCAUUUGAGCAUAAUUUUGUCCAAGGCUCAAGAUGGCAUAGAUAAACUUCACUGGGAGCUACUCGAGAGUCUGGAAACCAUUCCCUGUCCUAUCAUUAUUCACCGGGUCUUACGAAACCACACUUCGCCGGCAAUCUUUCCACCCCCUCUAAGUGUUAAACUUGAUCAUACUCUUCGAAUUUUGGUCGUUUCCGCAAGAUCAAAAACAAAGUCAGAUAUAAACCCGCGGCUAACGAGUUUGCCUCUUGUACAGACCUUGGGGGGCGAUCCUCGAGUCGAACUGGAAUUUGUGCACACAGGGACUUUCGAAGAGUUUGAAAAGGUUCUAAGCCAGAGAUCAGUAUCCGAAAAGCCAUAUUUGGUACAUUUUGAUCUUCAUGGAAGUAUCGACCGAGAAAAGGGACCGGUUCUGGAGUUCUCCGAUCAGCACCUGAAACACCGCAAAGGUCAUACUGCGUCUUCUGUCGCUGAAAUCUUAAGAAGAAACGGUGUGCAAUGGGCCGUUCUAUGCGCCUGUCGUACUGCGAAAGUCACUUCCACCUUCAGUCACCUUGCGCUCGAAUUUUUGAAUCAUGGAGUCACUGGCGUUUUUGCAAUGAGAUACGAACUGAAAGCUGCAGCUGCAAAGAUUCUCACAUCCUCCUUUUACUUGGCCCUUUGCCGAGAUGGAAAGUCAUUUAUCGAAGCUGGAAAUGCUUCUCGCCGUGCCAUGAAAGAUAACGCGUCUCGUCCCGCUCGCUUUGGAGAAAGGAUCGAGAUACAAGACUUUCUGGUUCCAGCUAUCUAUUCAAGAGAUGGAGCAGAUUUCUGCUUGGCAGAUCAUCGUCCAGCAGAUAGUAUCUCCGCUGUCUCGCUUCGAAUACCCCUGGGCCUGCCCGAGCUUAUUGGGAGGGAAGAUGACAUUCGCCAGUUGAGUGCCCUUUUAAAAGGGGAGAGCUCGUUUGUUAUCUUGUCAGCUGAUAUUGGAAACGGUAAAUCCCUGUUGAUGAGACACCUGGCUUGGUGGUGGAAGGAGACACAUUUGUUCGCCAGAACCACUUACGUGAAUGUGUCAAUGGCAGAAUCUGGUCAUGAUAUCAGCAACUCUGUGGGACUUCUAGCCGUUGCGAAAGGCAUAUGGCGGUCAGUUAGAGGAGACGGUGUUGCUUGCCCAGAGUAUUCGGAUCCAAAGAGAUAUCUCUUUGAAGCUAUGGAAGCAGCAAAAGGUCAUGAAUUAGUUGUUCUGCUAGAUGGAAUUGACGAAACCUAUCUUCCUUCAUCCGAAAGUGAGGAUACAUCUGCAGAUUGGGCUGAUUUCUUUCGAGUCGCCAGAAUUUUAUCAAUCACCGGUUUUAGGUUGUUGGUGGCAACCUGCACACCCUUGCUGCUUGUCCUUAGCGAGGCUGAAGAUGUUUUGUUUGAACUCGGCGUCUCUAUGACCAACGAAGAAGCUUGGCAGCUUGCCUGUUCUGGCUCAGACGAUGGGACAUUACCGCCUCCAGGCUUGUCAAAGGAGUCACCAGACACGCACCUUCAUUCCACGCUUGAAGUCUUACAAUACAAUCGCGUCGUUCUUAAGAGCCAAUCAAAUUUACUACAAGGGAGAUUUCAUGGACUGGACACUGUUCUAUCGUGGGAUAUUCCAUUUGAGGAAGAUAGUACAGAUGUAUCAUUUCUUGAAGCUCUCGUUAGCAAGACUACUGCGAUUUUGUCUCUUGACCUAAGUGACAAUAAAGGUCUCGACCGUACACACCAUGUGAUGAUUGCAAUUUUGAAACAUCUAGCCCAAUUGAACCGAUAUCCUGACAUGUGUGCUUUGAUAUCAAUUGGUUUGUGGGUCGAUGUACUACCAAAUCCAGAAGGGAUUGUGAAUAUUUUUGACACAGAAGAUAUUUCAUUGAAAAUUCCACUUCUUCAACACAUUUUGAAUAAUAUUCCGGAGUCCCAGGCAGACAAGGCGCAUGUUCCAUUUGAGCUGUGGUCCAGCAUGAGGGUGACUCCUGCUACUGAGAAGAAAACAUCUUUUUCCUCAAAAGAAGAAGUUGCAGAAUCUUUUAGAUAUGCGGUACGACUUCUUGUGGCAGCCAAACUGAUCACGGGGCGAUCAGAAAUUUUGAUAGAUGGAAGACAGGGAUAUCGACUUCAUCCGGCUCUUACCAUCUGGCUCCGUCGAAUCUUAAGCGUGUUACAACGCAAUGUCAUUUGCUUCAACUUCAUUGGAUGCAUGGAAGAGCGAGCUUCCCAAAUGGGUGGCCUUAACCCCAAUUCCAAUGACUUCAGGUCGGGCAACGCAAAACUAUUACGGGCCGUUGAAUCUCCUUCCUUUGAUUUUGUCGAAAGAGAAAAAUGGAACCUGAUGGCAGCCAUUGUCGGCUUGACCCAAAAGGUUCAUUAUUUCUCGGGCAUAGGGGUGGAGCUUCCAUCAGACGGUCCCAGAUUUGCAUGGGCAUCGUUCAUUGCUCUGUCCCCUAUAAGUGCCUCCAGAGAAGACUUUUGUGCCUGGUUCCUAACACACGUUACACUCAAAUCUCUCAAAGAUAUAGCACCACUCAUGCCCGAAUCUUACAGGGAACCCCUCCCUAACACACUCACCCACUUUCUAUUUCUGGUGCUUUUGAACUGGAUCAUCUGGAUGUCGCAAAGAUAUCGGCUAGAUCAAGAUCUAGUCAUGCCUCUGAGGCUUCGUAGGCUGGUUUUGGACCGGGUACAAGACAUACGAGACGCUGGAAUAAACUGCAAGGAGCUGCUUGAACCAGAUUUUGCCAUGGCAGAGGCCCAGGCAUGGCUUACUGAGUCAUGGAUUGCUAUGAGGCCGGGCGAGGUGGAAGAUAAGCAGCCGGCCUUGAACCAAUACCGGGAGAAGAUCAUUUUUUCGACAAAGGAUCUCGAACGAGGCUGGGACCCACGAAUGGAUGUCAUCGAUCAUUUGAUGAAUGAACAGUCCCUGUCCAAAUUUAAUUCCCCGCAGGAUCCAAGGUUACCCCGAAAUGAAACUACGGGCUUCGCUACUCCCCUUCCAGAUCGGGCUGCAAUGGCAUCGUUUGCCAUGGAUAGGUUCCGUCAAUCAGUCAUAGCCCCCGGCCAAAAUUGUGAUGAUCCAACUAUCAAUGGUUGGAUCAUGGACAUACUCUCAUUCAUGGAAACGGACAUUGACUUCAUGUUGAGCUUGCGGCCUUGGUACAUGCACAAACUCAUUCCCAUUUUCACUCACCUUCGCAAGGGUAAUAUACCACGAGCUAUCACCGCCGCCCUUAGUGGUCUUAAUGUAGCUGAGCGUGAUGGCGACAUACUAUUGGCAUCAAACUUCCGUCAACUCGGCCGUCGGUUAGCCGACCUAGACACCAUUGAUGAAUACGAUGUGCAACAAACUCGGCUCGCACGCACUGCUGAACAGUCCGCGCCACUUCUUCGAGAUUUCUUGGUGAUCUACAUGGCUAAUCACGACACGCCUGGUGCCUAUCAGCAUAUCGAAAAUGAGCGUAUCAAGCUAAAAGCUAUGGUACUCGAAUUUUCAACAUUCCGUACGAUCAUGAAAAGCAUUUCCAGUAUGAUUACCGCUCCAGAUCAAAAGUCGAUAUGGGAAAAUAUGCCGGAGAGUAACGCAUUUGCGCAAACUGGCCUUGAGGGACUGGAUCAACUUCUUGGGCUCUUGGAGCCGUAUAAGAAUGCGAAGUUGGAGGAUAAGACAGAAUGGGUUCAUCUGAUACGACAAAUUUGGGAUCUAAUGGAUGAACUUACUGAUCAAAACACGCCAGAGGAUCGAGCUUGGAUUCAUGAUCUCUACAAAACAUACCCUGAACCGAAAAAGGCGAGAGCCUUCUGGAGUAAUCAGGGAGUCUCUAAAGAUGAUGCUCCUGGUGAUGAGCAUCUGCAUAUGGAGUAA